GAUGAAGAAGAGCACCGGACUGUAAGAACUAGGGCGGCCAACAUAGCGGUGGACGGGAGGACGGAUUCGUGGACCGAAGAAGAGGUGGUCCGUGCCAUGGGGAGCCUCCGAACAGGCCGCGCGCCUGGGUUUGACCGAGUGGACGCGGGGGUCGUUAAAAUGUGUACAGGUGUACUGACGCAGUUCAUCCACCAAUUAAUGGUGGACUGUUUAAGAUCAGGAUACUUUCCCUCAGCGUGGAAAAUAGCACGGGUUUGCGCAUUCCUCAAGGCGGGGAGGCCGGUUGAUCUCCCUGGGUCGUACCGGAUGAUAUCCCUCCUGUCGGUCUUGGGGAAGACACUGGAGCAGUUGAUACUGGCAAGACUUCAAUUCGCCCUUGGCUCGGGCCUGCACCCAGGCCAGUUCGGUGGCGUACCAGGACGGAGUAAGUCCCAUGCAGCUCGAGAGAUUGCUGACCUGGCGACGAAUUCGACCUCACGUUAUGUGGUCGCCAUAUUUUUUAUCAGCCGCCACCUCGAUAACGAUAUAUGCGCCCUGGUUAGCAAUUACCUUAACGACCGGCGGGUAAUAUUACCCGAGUAUGGACGGGACUGUGAGCGGCAGGCUGAAAUGGGGAUACCCCAGGGAUCCGUCCUCGGCCCGUUCCUCUGGUCCCUGCUCUUUGAUGGGGCACUGAGGAAGCUGGUAAGCGCGGGCCUCAAUGCAGUUGCCUACGUGGACGGCUUGGCAGUUGUGAUCCAUGCCAACACGAAAGCAGGAAUAGAAGCACAAGGUCGCACAGCGGUUGCUGGUUUGACUGGAUGGUGCAGGCGAGUUAAGUUGAGCCUGGCACCAGAAAAGGCACCACCUGUCGUCACCUACUCGGGAGUCAAGAUGUCUACAGGAUUAAAAUUCGGAGCCAACGCCCGGUACACAAGAGAGAAAAUUCCAGCACGAGUUGCUGUCGUAAGGGCAAUGUGUGGUGCGGCAUGGGGCGUCUCCUACCGAAGUCGUCAAAUUUACUAUUCGGCAUUGUGUCAGUCGGUUCUCCUGUACGCAGCCCCUGCGUGGGUACGAGGGCUACGUGCCGCCGACUGGGCAAUAGCCUUGAGCGCCCAGAGAACGGCGCUGUUAGCCGUAACACAAGCGUUUCGGACGACAUCCACAGACGCCCUCCAGGUCAUAGCCGGCAGGCCACCGCUCGAUCUGCAGGCGAGGGCACUGUCCGCUGCCUGGGAGGUGGCAAACGGAGGACAGUCCUCCAGAAGGCGAACCGAGGUUCAGAGGUUGAAAGAGGUGUGCGACCAGUUCCCGGACGAGAAGGUGGUCGGCUUUUACGAGUUCAUCCGUCCAGCCCUGGUCAUCAAAGACGCCGAAUACGUCGAGGCGGUACUCAUCAAAGACUUUCCUCAUUUUGUGGACCAUGGAUUCGACAUCAACGAGACGACGAACCCGCUUGACGUCAACCUUUUCACCAUGACCGGAAAAAGGUGGAGAGCUUACAGAAACAAGCUUUCACCGAUAUUCACAACAGUGAAGUUGAAAUCCAUGUACGGACUUAUGACGGACAUAGCUAACAAUUUAAUGAAAGCUAUAGACAGAGAGAAAACGGAAUGUCUGGAGUUGAAAGACGUCCUGGGACGUUUCUCCAUGGACGUGAUCGGUUCUUUCGCGUUCGGCAUGGACGCCAACACCCUGGCCGAUCCCGAGUCUAAAUUCAGAAAAAUGGGGAAAAAAACCUUCGAUUUCAACUUCAAACAAUUCCUCAAGUUCAUGUUUAUUUCCAACUUCCCAGAAUUUUCCAAGAAAUACGGCCAGUCUUUCAGCCGUAAAGACGUCCAGCAUUAUUUCGUCAACGUCAUCAAGGACACGAUUGACUACAGGGUGGAGAAGAAAGUCCGGAGGAACGACUUCCUCGACCUCAUGCUCCAGCUCAGGGAGAAAGGUUCCGUGGAAAUAACGACGAAAGACCCCAGCGAUGAUUACCCGGCGAUAAGCAAUGAGACGUACACGACAGACAAAUUUGAAGUGACAGAUGACCUGAUGGUCGGGCAAGCUUUUGUCUUCCUCACGGCCGGUUUCGAAGCGACCGCUAUAAUUAUGAACAUGACAUUUUACCAACUGUCCAAGAAUCCCGGGAUACAGGAACGAGUCAGGGAGGAGAUAAAUGAGAAAGUACGCGAAUACGGCAGCCUCAGCUUCGACUCCGUCAAGGAUAUGACCUACCUGGACAUGUGCUUGAAAGAGACAAUGAGGAUGUACCCGCCGGCCCAGGUCCUCUUCAGGACCUGCACGAAAGAGUAUACAUUUAGCAACGGCCUCGUCGUCAAACCGGGCGAGAAAUUGAUCAUCCCGGUUUUCGCAAUUCAUCGCAGCGGUGAGUACUACCCUGACCCGAUGAGGUUCGACCCUGAACGCUUCGGCCCCGAUGUCUUCCAGCGGCCGUGCACUUUCUUGCCUUUCGGCGAAGGUCCGAGGGGCUGCAUAGCGAUGAGGUUCGCGAUACAACAGAUGAAAUUCGGCCUUGCAAAGGCCCUCAUGUCCUACAAGAUCAAAGUCAACCCCAAAACAAAAGAACCGAUUGAACUCAAUAAAAAAUCUUUAGUCACCACUACAAAAUACCCGAUUUACAUCGACCUCGAAGUGAUUUCUUCUUAAACCUAAAACAGGAUAUUUUUCCUUUUUGUACGAUUUUAUCUUAAAUACAUAAGUUUAUACCAAAGAGAA